AUGUGUUCUUUCUUCAAUCUACUCCAGAAUCCAACUAUCAAGAAGAAGGUUAUCUUAAGUAUGAACUCCGAAGACUAUCAUAGAGACGUUGACGUCUCUCUGCAUUAUCAUCGCCGGGCUUGCAGGCUUCGCCAGCAACUCGAUUUUCCGCCUCACUUUCAUAUUGGCCACUCGCGAUGGGGUGUCAUCGAUUUUGUGCCUAUUACCAACUUCCCCGACAUUCGAAGUCAAUAUAUUGCCGAAACCCAGAAAUAUGGCAACUUAAUGGUAACUCCACGUGAAGACAUUCGUGUUGGGAUAUAUGUGCAACUGGAUCAUCUGCAUGGCCUCAACAUAGAUAGCACUCAUGCGUCUGUUAAUAUCUCACAUGCUGCAAGAAUCCUCGUGCCGCUUGCUUCGAAAGAAGGGAGCAUAAAUCUUAACCUAGCCGAGCGAGCCUCUAAGAUUGCCUGUGUCCUCAAGGGCCACGACCCAGCUCUUCUGCAAACAUACGCCAAAGAGAGACUGCCUAUCGCGAAAAGACUUAUUGAAAUCGCCGCGAUGUUCUGCGACAGAUUAGCUGAGCAUUUCGCAGAGUAUGUGUGGCAUUUCAACGUAUCUUCAAUCACUUAG